CGACGUAUUAAAUGGAGAAGCCUCGGUCCCAUGUGACGUCGUUGCCUAGCAACGCAGCCAAACACCUGCGACUUGCUCGAUCUGCGCUUCAACUUCACUUUUCCUUUUACAGGAAAAAAAACGACCCAAAUGUCGAAACCGACGCUAAAGAAACGAGAUUGUUCAUCCAGCCGUGACUUGUCCUCCAAAGACCAGUCACCUACUAAAGAGUUCUCCUCGUCACGUGUCUCUGGUGUUUCUGGAAGUUCCUCGGGCGAAGCCUGGAGGAGCUGUGAGAACAUCUGGCCCGAGUGGAACGAAGCAGAGGUCAGCGCGGAGAAAUGGGAGGCAGCCAAAGGAGCGAAAGAUGCCAAAGCGAGGAAGAGUCCUGUAAAUCAAUACUUCGAGGACCCCGAAGGGAAGGUGAAAAUCCCUGCAUCUUUGAACGUUCACACCUGGAAACGGCCCAUGGAGCACAUCGUUCAGAAGACGCCGGUAGUCGUCCAAAAUGAGUCAUGUGAUCUCAUGUCAGCCAAUGAGCACCUAAUGUCCAGCGAACUUAUGCGCCGGAUCAUCAGCGAGAUCUACAUUGUAUGGGAAGUGUGCAGCAGACAAUCAAGUGAGGGCAACUCUACAUCUGAGGAGGCCACAGCAAGCCCCUGGAGACCUUGGGAGCACAUCUAUUCCCUCUGCAAAGCGGUGAAGGGCCACAUUCCUCUCUUCAACGCCUAUGGGAAAUACGUGGUUCGUCUGUACUGGAUGGGCUGCUGGAGGAAGAUCACUAUUGACGAUUGGUUGCCGUUUGACGAAAAAAACAAUCUGCUACUUCCAGCGAGUGCCAACCAAUCAGAACUCUGGCCUAUGCUGCUGACUAAGGGAAUACUAAAGCUGGCCAGUACGGAGAUGGUGCAGGAUACCAGCAGAGAAAUAGAAGAGUUCAGCGUCAUCCACUGUCUGACCGGAUGGAUCCCGGAGUUCCUCCCGAUUAACAGGCCCAGGUCAAGGUACGUCACAGAGAUAUGGGGAUACCUGAAAGAUACCAUUCCUAAGUUUCAGCCGACGGAGGAGAGCGCCGAGGAAGGACGGCCAUCAAUCGACUUAACUGCCACCGGGGAUUCACCAAAAGAGGCUAACAAAGAAAAAGAAAGAGGCAGUGGACCUCCUCCAGCUCCUCGGAUAAUCGUGUGUGCCAGUUUCCAUCCAUUUAACCUGCAGGAGAAGAAGACCUCCAUGCUGGGCCAGAUGGCAGACGCAUCACAGACCCUGCGACAAAACGGACUCUGUCAGCUCUACAGCCACUCGAUUCUGCUCACUCGUACCAGAGACUGCCCCCUGGUGGCCGUACCUCCCCUCGCACCUUAUUCCAAAUGUAUCCGUACCCAGAAGGAAACUGAUAUUACAGACGAACCCAAAAAAAUCCCAGUCGAGAGGCCUGAGCAGUACGUUGCGGUGGCAAGUCCUUUCAUCAACUACAAACUCACACCCCUUAUAAUUGAUUCAAAUAUGCCUCCAAAGCUGCUUGUUCAACGACGCAACACAUCCACCUCUAACCUUGAUUCGUUUUCGGAGUCAGAAGAGAAUGAGGACCGUGACUCCGCCCACCAUGACGUCACUAACAACAACCACAAAUCGGAUGAUUCUGAGGUUAAAGCAUCUGAGAAGAGGACUGCCAAAAACGUCGCUGACGAUGCUGAUUCGGUUCCUGGAAAGGAAACCACACUGGUCCAGGAGAACUUCACUUUUACAGAAACCUGGAUCCAUAUGGAAGACUUCAUUAAGUGCUUCCAGAUGUUGCUGGUGUUUCACAUGGAGAGCAGCUUCACUUACCAGUACCAGAAGUCAGAAUAUAAGGCACAAGAUGAGAAUCGCUGUUACUUCUUGACUGUGGACAAUCUGUGGCCUACAGAGAUCCUCAUCUGUUACUCAGCACUGCUACACUGGGGAGAUACCAGUCACGAACGAAAGGAUUGCGUUCUCAGACCUGGUCAUCUGUGUGUUGAACCUUUCUCAUGGAAGGACAUCCAGGUUCAUCCUCCCCUGCUGACCAUCAACACCACAUCCUGCAAGGCAUCAGUUCUUACCUUGCCACCAGGGCGUCAUGUUCUUCGCAUCCAAACCCGGGUGCAUGUUUGUUUCCACAUGCAGCUCUACAGCAAAACUGAUUUCGUAUUCGGAGAAGAAGAAGCGGUGAUUCCUCACUUAGAAAAGGAAAGUCUGAGGUUCUGCGAGCAAGCUCGGUUGAUCCUCACAGCUCUAGGUUCAAAGGUCAGAUCCUUCUCGAACCCUGACGAACUCCCAGCAGCCACCGGGGCACUGCAGGAGACCGUCUGCCCUCCUUCGCUUAGCAAAACAGAAGCCAAAGAUCUUUGGAGGGUCUUCAUUCAAGCGGUGUAUCACAUGUUCGGCUGUGCGUUGGGAAGAAAGCUGACAUCUGAGGAACUGUUUGCGGUGAAGAGCCUGACUAUCGACCUCACACCUCACUCCAGAAAUGCAAAAGACGCAACAGAUGGUGUGCCAGAGGGCUGGAGUGGUAGACAGACCACAGAAGAAGAAAACCAGGCGGCAACAAUUCUGCAGGCCAGCUGGAAGGGUUACCUGGUGAGGAAAGUUCUGAACGCUGCAAAACCAGGCUCUGAGGAGAAUCAGAAAGUUGCCAAGACUCUGUUGGAGAUGUGGGCUUCUGUGGAAUCAGACGUAGAGGAGCAUGCUGUGUCUUUACUGAGGUGCAUGAUCGCAAACGGCGAGAAGCUCGUGAACCUGUAUCCAUGCGGUGGAGAUGAGUGGACUAAAAUCAGCUUCACGGACUUCUCCGUCCCCGUCCAUGAGACCACCAGCUCCUGGGUCCUGCUUUUUAGGGAGGUGUUCCACGUUCCCAAAGCCGUCUUACUUGUUCCUAAGAUCUUCUCUACGUUUCGCAGCCACCUUCACGUCAUUGACAACGACACUGGGAAGGAAGUACCUGAGUUUCUCAACAGCGUUUUGCCGUUCACGUACACACCAAAUAAGGCCGGAUACACGUUCGUGGCGCACAAUGGAAAAACACCUGUAGUGCCUGGAACGUGGCGACUGCGUCUGAUUAGCUCUCGAGAGCAACCGGCUCAGCUGGCUAGAGAAAGACCAGUCAACAACUUCAUAGUGAAGGAGUUCAAAGAUUACUACUUACCCAACAAGAAGAACAUCAUCUGCAGGCAUGCGGUCACAGUCACGUGUGAUCAUGUCGCCACGGUGCAAUUCCAGGCUUCAAAAGACGACGUGUAUCUAAAGCUCAGCAUCCUGGACCACGAGACAGAGGUGUACAGCAAGACGGGACAAGGGGGCAUCGUAAUACCCGUGUACCGCUUUAUAGCCAGCGAGGGUUCCUGCGGCAGCGCCGUGGAGAAAGCGGGGCAUCAUAAAUACAUUCUUCAAGCCGAGUUGCUUUACAACAGCUGGCCUUUGGACGAUUCACUGUCAGGUUUCAUCCAAACCCUGCGAGAUAAGGAAAGCAAUGAGAUGAGAGUGUUCAAACAUCUGAUCAAAGAUGCAGCUGACCAACUCAGUAGCGAGCCACAGAAGCCACAGAUGCCCACAUCCAAAACGUCCAAGAGCAAAGAGAAGGACAAAACUACACCCAAGGAGGUUCAGCAGAUGUUGGAUGAGACGAAGCCCCAUUGGACUCUGCAUGUGGUCAGUGAGCAGACGGAGGCUGAACAGAUCCAAGUGAAGAAGGACACUGAGAGACUGGAGCAGAUUAGAGCUAUAAAACAGGCCUGGGAAGCUUCAGAGCCUGGCAGGGCAGCUAAGGCUUUUCAGACCCGUCAGCAGUACCUGGAUCAUCUGAGGACGAUUGGAGAGGACUUCAGGCUGGACCUCACACCUUUCAUCAGGAAGACAGGCAGGCCCGAGCGUCUCAAGGAUGCAGCGAUGAAGGAGGAACAGCAGAGGGAGCAAUUGGAGAAAGUCCAGAGCUUUCGGCUGUAUCGUGAGACAGUGCUGGAUCACCGGAGGCAGGAGCAGGAGCAGACCAGGCAGCUGAUCAAAGAACAACUGGAACUGUUCGAAAGAAUUCAGCAGGAGAAAGCUGAGCUGCUGCGGAGGUUUGAUCGGACCCGAGAGAUCAUUCAGACCUGGAAGCUGGACGAGCGGUCCCAAAAGAGAGGCAAAGAGUCCAAAAGGACGGACGAGGAAUCGCAGAAGGGAGAAGACGUUCCUGUUAACUGAUUAGAACAUAUCUCUGUGGACUUCAUCCUCACAUCUCGGUCCUGGGAUAAACGAUGUUACAUUUCACUGUGUACUACAUUGUAUAAGUAUUGAAUGACAAUAAAUCCAAACUUGACUUGA